AUGGUUGAUGAGUCGAGAGAGAUAUCAGUUAAAGAGCAGAUAAUUGUGUUCAUUCGGUUUGUGGAUUCAAGUGGGCAUAUUGUUGAGCGUCUUCUUGGCAUUACUCAUGUUCUUGACACUACUUCUACGUCUCUUAAAGUAGCCAUUGAAGAUCUUCUAACAAGGCAUGGUUUAAACAUUUCAAGAAUAAGAGGUCAAGGCUAUGAUGGAGCAACACUUGUAGGUGUUGCAAAGGAAAAUGAAGAUGUUGGAGAUUUUUUUAUCAUUGUCUCUGAUACAAUUGAAACAAGAACUGGUUUGAAUCAAGAAGCAGUUUUACAACGUCCUGGUGAUACACAUCGGGGAUCUCAUUACGGUGCACUUCUGAGCAUUGUCACAUUAUUUUCCCAAGUGAUUGAUGUUAUUGACGAAAUAAGGCAGGAUCUAAAACAAAGGGUAGAAGCAUUUAGAAAUUCAUUUGCUAGGUUUGAUAAGGAUAGAUUAGUUCGAUUGGCACUGUUAUAUCCAAAUGAUUUUUCUAAUAUUGAACUUGAAUUACUAGAUAACCAACUGCAGACUUAUUUUGUUGAUGUGACUUCUGAUCCUGCUUUCUCUAAAUUGGAUGGUAUUGAUGAAUUAGCUAAAAAAAAUGGUGGAAACGAGAAGACAUUUAGACUAUACAUUGGUGUAUUUGCAUUUAAAGUUGUCUUUGAUCCUACCGGUUGCAACUACUAG